AUGCACGAUGCCACGGUGGCUACGCUUCCGACACAGACCCUCCCACAAGCUUUAGGCCCCCGAGGCAAAGGAUUUCAGGCCUAUCACCAUCGCAGGAGAGACUCCCCAAGCAGCCGCAAACCCACCGCACGGGAAGCCCAGAUUGGUCUGGGAAACGCCUGCUUGAUGCUUCAUGAAUGCUCUCUCGGGCUCUCAAUACUACCAAGCGACCUUCUUGUCUUGACACCGGAUAACUACCUUCAACUGUUCAUCGUGUCUCAAAGAGCGGCCAAACUCUCCGCAUCGAAUCGAGAUCGAAUCGGCGUCAUGCAGUCCCGCGUUACUCCCGAAGCCAUCCUUGGUAUCCCGGAGUUUCAAGGCCCAUGGCCAGAUGCUCUGGGAAGGCGACUACUUUACAUCGAGCGCAAAUUUCAUGUCGAUACCUCUCAAACUAGCGUGAAGCUUUGCUUGCUUGAAAUCGAAGACGAUACCGUGCAGAUCCUUCGAGAGGGCUCUCAAAUUUUGACUGCGCUAUGGGCGAAGGGAUCAAGCAAUAUCGUCCUCUUCGAAUCGAGCGAUGAGAACAAGACUAAUGUUCUUAUUUUGCGCGGGGGCGACGAAAGCUCAUCAGACAACUUUCGACUACUCAAAUCCCUACCAGCACGAGUGACCGGACUAGCAUGCGUCGCCAUUCAAGUAUCGAAACUUGUCUUGGCCUUUUCAGCCACGGUCACUGCAGAUGGACGUAUCUACUGCGCCAGAGACGUUCCAACAUCUCGGUCAACAGGUCGUGAAUAUACUACCAUGCCUGUGCGCGCAAAUGAAGCUUGGGUGACCUCGGAAAGACUAUCCGUAUUUUGCGCAGUAGUAGACCUCGCAUCAGAGCCACCUGUCAUGACGGACCCUUGGAAUAUACUGACGGACACCGAUCGAGUGUACAAAUCCUUCGGUGGACUGCACUUGAAUGACCGAGGAAUCGCCAUUGUAACAGGGGCUCAUGUGCCCAACCAGGCGGAGACAAUGCUUACCGUCAUCAACUAUGUUCCCAUGGCUGGCUUGCUUCGUCACGAAGCCUCUACACGUCGCAAGUUCCAUGUGCGUGGGUUCUAUGGCGCUUCCACUUGCCCACGGUUAUCUGAAGACGGCCGACGUCUCAUAUUUCUCCAGAAGAGGAGGACUUUUGCAGAAGACGACAGAAGCUUUCUCAUUAUUUGCGACAAUCUCGACGACAAUGCUGAAAUCACUGCUCAUGAACUACGUUGCGAAACCACAGUUGGGCCAAAGAUUCUUUUUCCAUUGCAUAUCCAACUAGCCAUCGACGAGAAGUCGAUCUUUUUCACAGCCGAGGACUGUGCAAGGGUCCGACUCUUCCGUGCUUCUUUAUCUGCAGCACAGGAGCUGAUAGCAGAACCUUUGACCGACGGCUGGUCGGUAAGCACCGUGUAUGUCUUAUCGGGCCCCGGCUCUUUCGUCUUCAUCACUGGCAGUGAGAUCAAUCUCUCACGUCGCUGGGCAAUACUCGAGACCAGAACACUUGAUCUUUCCGUGAUAAAAGAGGGUACACAAGAAGAAACCGAGCUCCAGCUCCAAAAAACAACCUUCCAGUCCAUCGUAUGGCCGGGCGCCGACGAUCGACAAAUCCACGCUUGGCUCGUCAAGCCCAGCAAGUUCGAUCCUAACAAAAAAUACUCACUCCUGUAUUUCAUACACGGCGGCCCCAAUGUCGCUUUGAACAACGAGUACGCAACAGGCUACUUCCGGAACUGGAACUUUGCGCUCUUCGCAGAACAGGGCUUUAUCGUCGUGGCUCCCAAUGCAUCAGGCUCGACAGGGUUUGGACCCGAAUUCGUGGAAAGGGUCAAAGAUGACUGGGGUGGUAAAACCUACAUCGAUCACGUUAAGGGGUUCGAGUACAUUCAAAAUCAUCUGAUAUUUGUCGACACUGAUUCGGCGGUUGCAAUUGGUGCCAGCUUUGGUGGGUAUAUGAUUAAUUGGAUUCAGGGCCAGUCGCUGGGACGCCGAUUCAAAGCACUUGUGAACGAAUGCGGGCCUCUCAAUCUGACCUCAUUCUAUGGAAUGGACGUGCUCUGGUUCGAAGACACCCUCGGCGGCCCAAUGUACAAACGCCGCGAAGGCUACGACAAACACAAUCCGAUAAACCACAUCGAAAAAUGGGCCACCCCAGAACUAGUCAUCGCUAACGAGAAAGACUAUCGUGUCCCCGUCACCGAGGGGAUCGCUGCGUUUCAGAUCUUGCUGGCCAUCGGGGUGGAGAGCCGGUUUCUGAGUUUUCCGGACGAGGGUCAUGUUGUUGUUCAACCGGAUAAUCGAUUGCAUUGGUGGCGGGUGGUGAUUGAGUGGUGCUUGAAAUAUACUUUGCAGAGUGCGGAGAAGUAG